CUAUAUUUAAUGACAGAGUCGGGUCUAGUUAUUUGACAUGUCUCUCUUCUUUCCUCGAGGGUGAACAUCGAUCCCGACUCUAGAGCAGAUGUCCUGAGUGUGUUAGAGCGACCAUUGUAGUCAUGUAUUUACUCUGGAUAUGGACGUAUCUUUUACAAGUCUUACUUCAAUGCUCUGCUGAAAAGGACCUACAGAACGCAGCUUGCAGAUCCUACCUUGGUGUACACGAUAGACUUGACCAAUAUCGCUUCAAUUCAUAUUCGUCGUGUUUUAUUUUCCUCUUUUAUCAGUUAAAUCCUAGAAUUAAUUCAAAUUAUACUGAAAGUCAACCAGUUGUUGACUUCAUCUACAAAAGCCAGAUAAAACAACUUGAAUCAUGGGAUUAUAAAAAUGAUACUGUGAAAUCCAAUGUGUGUUCAUUUCUGUCACGUGACGAAUGCCAGCGAUGGAUAUUAUGUUGUGAAGCAGCUGAUAAUUGUUGUGAAUAUCAAUUAGCACUUCCGGUGAAAACAAAUGACACAUGUGGCAGGAUAUGGGACGGGUGGCUGUGUUGGGAAGAGGCUGAACCAGGGACAGUCCAGUAUAGUUCCUGUCCUCUAUUUGUACCCUACUUCAUGCCAUCACGACAAGCAGUCAGAAUUUGUGGUGAUGAUGGCAAAUGGAUACAGAAAACAGAUUACAGCCCUUGUCUCAAGAAAGAGGAAUUGGAGAGGACAAUAUUUACUGGCCUUGGUUGUAGUGUCACAAGCAUUGUGUUUCUUCUUCCAUCCAUUAUCAUAUUCCUGAAAUACAAGACACUGCGAAAUCAACACAGAAUACGUCUUCACAUUAAUCUGUUUCUGUCACUGAUGCUAAAAGAAGUAAUGGGAAUCAUGUGGGAUAUUUUAGUUACUUAUAAUAAGGUUACAAGUACGGAAGUCUCCGAUGCUACGUUGAUUAAAAAUGGGGUAGGAUGUAAGUUUCUGUCUUUUAUGAAGAUUUACUUUAAGUGCUGUGGGUACACCUGGAUGUUCUGUGAGGGUUUCUACCUACACCGACUGAUGUCCAAUGCUUUCUCUCCUCCCCGCUCAUUGCUACCCAUCUAUAUACUGGGGUGGAGCGUCCCCCUCGUGUCUUCCUCUUUAUACGGAAUUUUACGUGGAAUCUACAACAAUGAAAGCUGUUGGGCAUAUGGAUAUAAUAAUUUUGAGUGGAUAUUCGACGCACCAAAUGUAGUUUUCCUAGUGCUUAAUUUGGUUUUCCUGACAAAUAUUCUGCGAAUUCUCCUGACACAACUACAAGCACAUCCAAAUGAGCCAGGGAACUUCAGAAAAGCGGUAAAAGCCACGUUUAUCUUGAUUCCUUUAUUUGGGAUACAAUUAUUUGUCACCAUAUAUCGUAUCCCUAUCAGCGAGGAAGGGGGGCUAGAGUAUGAACGAGUCACCGUAGUAAUCAACCAUACACAGGGCUUUUUUGUGGCAAUGGUGUUUUGUUUCCUAAAUACAGAGGUUAUAUCAAACCUGAGAAGAAGUUGUCGACAUCAAAUAAGAGACAGGUCACUCUCGUCCUCAAAGCGUCUGAACCACACCAUUCAUCAAACACUCUCUGUACGAUCUGAAUAUGACGUCACUAGAGAUCAUCACCAAUCAAAAAACUCAUUAUUGGAGACAGGACAGGAAACCGAAGAGAUUGAGUUAAAAGAAACAUCUUUAUUGAAUGGUCAUCGAGAAAAUAAAUCAUUAGAAUGAAUAUACUUCUUUUAUCAUAAAUAGUUUAAUUUUAUGAUUAGGUCCUCUAUGACAGGUCUGAUUAACUUGGUACAUGUAUAACUUUACAUUUUAAGAACCAUUACUAUAUCAUGAACCUAUAAAGGGCCAUGAAGAAUGACAAUUCCUUUUGAAGGUUGCCAUGGUAUAAUACCUCAAUUAUUCACCUAAUGGGAUCGUACAGUUUUAAUAUUUGCUUUAAUCUGUAAGCUGAAUACCAACAAAAAUGAAGAACAUCCAAAAAAUAGAAAUUGUAAUUUCUAUAAUUGUAAUUUCUUAAGAAAAUAGAUAGUAGAAAUUUUAAAUUUAUUUUUGCUUUCAUAAAUAUCUCAUUGCAAAAUUUAAAUUUUAAAAAAGAGAAUUGUUUGAUAGCAUAUCUUCUCAUAAAGUGUGACCGGUCGACAGGGGAUGCUUACUCCUCCUUGGCACCUGAUCCCAGAGGUCCGUGUUUUAUGCUCUCUCAACAUUGGUGUAUUGUUUAAGAUCGAUCACGCUUCAUUAUCUUCAUUACAUUACAGGAAGGGAGCAUUUAUGCAUUGUCUUUAUAUUUUGCUUUUCAAAAUGUUUUUGAAUUUGUCCGUCGUUUUAAAAAUGCUGAACUUUGCUUUUUUGCUCAAAUUUCCUUUUUUUAGAUAGAAGAACACCUUAUUUGCAGAUAUUCGUGAAGAAAAGGGGAGAAAAUAGUUAAUGGUGUAACAUUGCGAAGGCAAAUAGAAUUAAUUUAAAAAUAUAAAAAGGCUUAAAUUAGUUACAGAUCUGUAUAAUUAUGAAAAAAGAGCUUUACCAAAUCAUUUUUCUAUUGAGUUACCUUUAUUUUAAUGCAUGUGCCUUUUUAUCUGCGUAACUAGCAAAUAUUAUAUUUCUUUAUUGUACAUUUUUCUAUAAAGUGCAAUAAUGGACACUUGCAUCUGAUGUUCAUUCGAAUUCAAUUUUUCUUAACAAAUUGAUUGAACUGGGCUAGAAAUAUAUUUUUUGGCUUUAAUAAUUA